GAGCUUGGCUGUUUUCGACCUGCGGCGGGGCCGGCGCACCGCAGCCAUGACAGAGGCUGAUGUGAACCCGAAGGCCUAUCCCCUCGCAGAUGCCCAUCUCACCAAGAAGCUGCUGGACCUUGUUCAGCAGUCGUGCAACUACAAGCAGCUUCGGAAAGGAGCCAAUGAAGCCACCAAAACCCUCAACAGAGGCAUCUCUGAGUUCAUCGUGAUGGCAGCAGACGCUGAGCCCUUGGAGAUCAUCCUGCACCUCCCACUGCUGUGUGAAGACAAGAAUGUCCCCUAUGUAUUUGUGCGCUCCAAGCAGGCCCUAGGACGGGCCUGUGGGGUCUCCAGACCCGUCAUCGCCUGUUCUGUUACCAUCAAAGAAGGCUCCCAGCUAAAGCAGCAGAUCCAAUCCAUCCAGCAGUCUAUUGAAAGGCUCCUGGUGUAGCCUGUGGCUUUACCCUUCCUGUCUG